UCCCCUUAAAAAUUUUCAUGGAGAACCUGCCAGAGUCACUGUUCCCGGAAUCUACAUUGAUAUCAUCGCCAUCGCUGUGCAACAUUUCUUCUUCUCAUGUGGAUAUGCAACAAAAUUCUCAUGACUUAGAUGGGCUCACUCCAAAUCAAUUGGUGGUGUUACUCCUUGAUAGUAAUCUUCGUGGAGAUGUCAUGUAUCAACUCAUCAAGAUGCGAGAUACAUGCGAAUAUCUAGCUCCAUUGCUGUGGAACACCUUCAAUGCAGUUUACAUGCUUUUGCUGGAAGUCAUAUCAGUGUAUUGGAAGUUGUCACCCCCAACGCUAUCUAUGAAGGAGUCAACUCGAGUGUGUAAUGCUCUUGCUUUGUUUCAGGUUAUGGCCAAAAAUCCAGAAACAAGAAAGGAGCUUAUAGAAGCUAAAAUUCCAUGCUAUUUCUACCCAUUUCUCAAGCCUAGUGGAGACGACAAACCUUUGGAGUAUUUGAGGCUCACCAGCUUGGGUGUUCUCGGUGCCCUAGCAAAGUUUGAUGAUCCAUAUGGACCAAAGGUCCUUCACUUUUUCCUGGAAACGAAAGUGGUUCCGUCAUGCCUGGAGUGCAUGGAUCUAUGCGAUGAACUGUCGGGGAAGGUUGCAACUCUCAUAGUUAUGAAAAUUCUGAUGCAAGAGAAGGGAAUGUCCUAUUGUUGUGCUACGCCUGAACGCUUCUUCUCGAUAGUACAGGUCUUGUACCGAGUGGUAGAGAAACUUACUGAAAAACCUUGUUUGUUACAUCUAAUGUAUGUGAUACAAUGUCUUCUUAGUCUUUCAGAAAUACAAAAGGUCAUCGGGCCAUCUGAGGCAUUCAUAAGGCAAGUUCAUCCUAAGCUAUUUGACAACACCUUUAAGGACAUUCUUCGUGAUGACCACGAAACGGCAUGGAUGUUGCAGGUGCUACAUUUCAAUGUUUAUGGACGUCUAUCUCCCCCUGAAUGAAGACAGUAUCAACUAUCAAGAAUAUUGCAAUGCAGAACACAACAAUUUCAAAGAUUAAGGGAAAGAAGUGAACUUGUUUUGUUGGAAAAAACAAUAAACAAUGACCUGAUUAUCUUUUAAGUUAACUUUUCAACUGUUGAAACUGAUACUUUUGCUCUGUUGUCUGCUGAAUUGUGGCUUUGUUCAGCUGGAAUGAACUUAUCUGUCCUUGCUGUUCUCUUUACUGUACCAUUUGGUGUUUGAGUGAAUUGGCUUUUUUUUUUAA